CUAUAUUAAUUAGGUUGCUGACCCUUUCCACCACAAACAGUCUCAUUCUCAUUCAAUCAAUAACAUCAGCAGUAAACAUAAUCAAAGAUCAAGAUGGUGGGUCAAUGGACGGCGACUAAACCAAGCCGGAGCGAUGAAGUUUUGGACUCGGAUCAACAGCAACGAAUCACCAAUCAGGUCAGAGCUCAGUUCUAUUCGAUGGUCCCAAAACGACCCACCAAACCCAACCGGAGUGAACCGGAUUUGACAUCCUCCAAUCCCCCUUCAGAUGUGGACCAAAACAUACCCGAGCUUGACAAGUUACGGUCCCUUCAAUCUCAAUCUCAGGUGAAGAUCUCAGAGGGGGGAGCUACAGUGGAACAAGAGGAGUUUGUGGAGACACAGUAUUACAGGGAGAUGAAUUCCAUUGACAAACAGCAUCACACGACAGGAAGUGGGUUCAUAAGAGUGAUGAAAGAAGGAGGUGAAGGAAAUGGAUAUGAUAUUCAACUGGAAAGUGGGCAGGAUGCAAUCAGCAAGCCUAUCUUCAAAAGCAACCCAGCAACUAAUGACUGGAUUCCGACCCUGGAAGAUGAUCAGGUCUUUGUUUCAUCCAAACCUAAUCGAAGUGAGGGAUGUUAGAUCAACACGUGAUGUUGACCAACUUUGCUUAUGUUAUAGUAAAUGUUGUAGUCCUGGAAUAACACAGAAAUUGGAUAUGGUUUGUAAUGGUUUAAACAUUGUGUUCACUUUUUCUACCUUGUUCUUUGCUUAAUGUAAAGGUAAAAAUUAAAAUCCCCAAGCAAUUUCUUCA